CUCCUCAACUCCGCGGACCUGGCCUCGCCGCGUCCGCGCGAGAGCUCACCAAGCCACGGCCUCCCGCUAGCCACGCGCCGCUGGAUCGAGAGCUGUUUCCUGGCCUGCUUAGGGUUAGCUCAGACGCUCCGGCGAUCGCUGGAGAGGGAGUGCCAGUUGCCAGAGUCCGGUGAGUUCCUGAUCUCCCUGGCGUCCUGUUGAUUCGGAGACUUGCCGCCUUUGCCCUACAACGACCGAAUCGGAGCCCAUUGAUCUCAGAGUCGCGUGCGAGCUUUGGUGACGCGCAGCUCGAUCCAGUCAAUUCGCCGGACGAAUUUGAAUCGGGAAGGGCGGAAGCGAAGUUAUCGAUGAGGUAGCUCCUGGACUGGGAGGAAACCGCGCCUGCGAGUUUGGAAGCCAUUUUUGGUUUGAUCGGGCUUUGCCGUGAAUUGGUUUCAAGCGGAUUCGGCAACAGGGGAGCUGUGGAAUGGGAGAUCGGGCGGCGGCGAAGGGGAGAUGGUGAGCGGGAGCUUUAACCGGAGCACAUCGGCGCGGCUCACAGCGAGGGGCGGCGUCGGGAGCCCGCGGGUCUCGACGCCGGGGGCCGCGCAUCGCAACUGGUGGGCGGGACCGUCGUUCGAGCGCAUCGCCUUGACCUUCUUCCUGGCCUCCGUCGCGCUCGUGCUUUCCUGCGCCCUGUACCUCUACGUCUUCCGGUACUUGGGCCGGGGCCGCGUGGUCGCCGAGUUUGCCGGCGAGAACCUAGAGUCCUGCGACGUGUUCGACGGCAGCUGGGUGCCGGAUGAGAGGUACCCCUUGUACAACAGCUCCGAGUGCCCGUUUGCGGAGAGGGGGUUCAAUUGCCUGGCCAAUGGGAGGAAGGACACCGAGUACCUCAAGUGGCGGUGGAAGCCGCGGAGUUGCGACUUGCCGCGGUUCAGUGCCCGCGAUCUGUUGGAGUGGCUGAGAGGAAAGAGGGUCGUGUUUGUGGGGGACUCGAUGAGCCGAACGCAGUGGGAGUCCUUCAUUUGCAUGCUGAUGGCAGGGGUGGAGGACCCGAAGACAGUUUAUGAGGUUAAUGGCAACCAAAUCUCAAAGACAAUCCGAUUUUUAGGAGUGAGAUUUGAGUCAUUCAACCUGAGUGUGGAGUUCUUCCGGUCUGUAUUUCUUGUGCAACAGAUCCCUGCGCCUCGCCUCGGGCGCAGGAGGGUCCGUGCGAUCCUCAAGCUCGAUAAGUUGGAUGGUAUAAGUAGGAAAUGGGCAAGCGCAGAUGUGCUUAUUUUCAACUCAGGGCAUUGGUGGACUGCCAGCAAAUUAUUUGACAUGGGUUGCUACUUUGAGGCUGGAGGUGUGCUUAAACUGGGAACAUCCAUUAAUGCUGCUUUCAAAAUGGCACUUGAAACUUGGGCCUCAUGGGUGAAAGAGAGAGUUGAUUUAAGCCGAACACAUGUCUUCUUCCGUACAUACGAACCAUCUCACUGGAGUGGCUUAAAUCAAAAGGUAUGUGAAGUAACAGAACAACCUACAGCUGAGGCCAAAGGAAACGACAGGAGAGAAUUUGGGGAUAUACUUGCUGAUGUUGUGGCGAAUAUGAGUGUCCCUGUCACCAUACUAAAUGUGACUUUGAUGGGGGCCUUCAGAAGUGAUGCUCAUAUUGGCAUUUGGAGUCAUCCUACUACCAUACUUGAUUGCAGCCACUGGUGCCUUCCUGGAGUUCCAGAUGCUUGGAACGAACUUGUAUUUUCCCACCUUUUGACUAAUGGUUGGCGAGGGCUGGCUGGCUGACUGUUGACAUUGUAUACUCAAUUUCUUUUGUUCUGCUUGAUAAUUUCAGUUUUAUUUACUGCAAGAAGUCUCAUAGACACCAGCAUCUUUUGGCAAGUAGUGUUAUAUUAACUACCAAGGUGGCGCACGUUAAUAUCAUGGAUAGCCUUGCUGCAAUAUUUUGACACGAUAUUUUUUAUUAAAAAUUAGUCUAUGUAGCUUUUUUUUAUAAGGUUAGUGUUAUUUAGUUACAAAAUGCAUAAAAUUAGAAUAAGAGAUCUAAACUUGUACUGAAUUGUAUACAUGUUUGGUUCGGUUCAUAUAUGGUUUGAUCAUUUUUGAAAAUUGUGCGUCAGGUGUAGCUAGCUAAACCAAAAUCAGAAUAGGUUCUAUUUGUCAGUGUGUUGUGUCUUGUAUGCUGUCUACUUGAUACGAGGAUCUUGAGCUACAUAGUGAUUCUUAAUCUA